AUGUUCUCCAAGGCCAUCAUCAUCGCUCUCUUCGCCUCCUCGGCCGCCUUCGCCGCCUCCAUCCAGCAGAGGCAGCUCAACCCCAGUGUCCAGCUCUGCUCCAACAAGGACUUCAACGACUGCCUCAAUGUGAACUUCCACUUUGGCAUCUGCGGCAAGUCCUUCCCAACACCUCCAAUUCCUACAACCUGCUCGCUCAAGGCGAACGGCCAUAACUGCAUCUUCUACAACGAUACUGGUUGCCGAAAUGGAAACGGCGAGAUUGCUACCACGGGUGAGGUCGCCAACAUUCGCUCCCACGGCUCGUUCUCUACUAUGAACGACGAUGUUUCGUCUUUCUUGUGCAGCAUCUAG